AUGUCCGAGUCGAUCAGGUCCGAAAAGACCCUGGGCCUAACCAGGUUCAGCACUCCUGUUCCAGAGUUAGAUGACCAUCGCUUCCAUCUCCAACCUCCAUCUCGGGGGGACAAUAUGGCAGAUAUUUCUCCGGGCCAUCAGAAUACUGUUCAGCAACCGUUUAGCACCGAAUCUCCUGAGCGUGCCGAUCUUUUGCACGUUCAGGAUGCGCUCCGCGAAGCAGGGUCUAUCUUCCGUGACUUUGAACAUGCCGUGGUCGAUGACGACCGCUCCGUGAAAGAUGUCAAUACUUUGGCAAGACGUUUCUCGGUCGACCCGACGGGUAACCGACGCAAUCACCGCACACGCAGCCGUACCCAACAGGAUUUCGCAAACCUCAGCAGGGAAUCAUCCCCUUCGGCUCGGUCCUCGUCGCCUCCCAAUUCGGUUGAAGCCUUUGCAGACCCUCGUCGCCGCGAGCGUGCAAACACCCUGGAGAGCCACGCUGCUCCGGAUCUCGAGACCAUUCUCCAACGCACUGUCUCUGGUGGUACCCAUCCUCGUCGCCCGACCUUCAGCAAUGCCAGCGUGAUCAGAACACAGGCUGGCACUGGGCCGCUGGACGUGGCAGAUGAUAUUUGCGCAUUGCCAUACGAAGAGCCCGGCAGAAUUCCUGUCAUUGAUUAUGAAGAGUUGGAGGAAUUUGUGGCCCUCAACAAGAAGUUCAAGCCCGCCGCGAACAGGCGCAAGCACAGCCUCAGCUCACAGAGCCAACAGCCCCGCUUGUUCCACGACCUAAGGCCUAGUGCUCACCGAUCGGACUCUUCGGUGGCGGCUGAAGACUUGAAACUAAACAAGUCAUCAACCGACUGUCUGGAAUCCACAAAAACAUUAAACGGGGUCUCUACAAAGAUCUUUGACGAGAAGGAAUUGUUGGACAACCUUCAAAACGCAAAUGAGCCCACCCGCUUCAGCUUCUUCUCCUCUGAAUCUCAGAGCACCGUGCAUGCCGCGGAGUUGGGAGAUCUGGUGCUCCCGGGAGAUACCUUCCGUGAUCUCUUCCAGCUUGGUCCGGAAGGCGGUGUUUGGUGGCUCGAUGUGGUCAAUCCCACAGAGGACGAGGUGGGCGCGCUUUCUCGGGCUUUCUCGAUCCACCCUUUGACAACCGAGGAUAUCAUGACCCAGGAAGCGCGAGAGAAGGUGGAACUUUUCAAACAGUACUAUUUUGUCUGUUUCCGAACCUUCUAUCAGAUGGACAAAACCAGCGAACAGUACUUGGAACCCGUCAACUGCUAUAUGGUUGUCUUCCGUGACGGGGUCAUUACCUUCUCGUUCACUGAAAACCCACACGCCGCCAGUGUGCGCAAGAGAAUCGGUAAACUCCGUGAUUACGUAUCUCUGAGCAGCGACUGGAUUUGUUAUGCCAUGAUUGACGACAUUGUCGAUAGCUUUGGGCCUGUCAUUCGAGAGGUCGAGAUCGAGUCGGAAGCCAUCGAAGACGAUGUCUUCAUUGCACGUGUGGACGAUUUCGAAUCCUUCCUUCAUCGCAUCGGCGGGUUGCGCAAGAAAGUCAUGAGUUUGAUGCGCCUUCUCGGCGGAAAGGCAGACGUUAUCCGCGGCUUUUCCAAGCGUUGCAACGAGCAAUAUUCGGUAACGCCUCGCGGCGAUAUCGGCCUCUACCUGGGUGAUAUCCAGGACCACGUCGUGACCAUGAUGUCCAACCUGGCGCACUUUGAAAAAAUGCUCAGCCGGUCCCAUGCCAACUACCUUGCCCAGCUCAAUGUGACAAACAUCACUUUGGGUAAUCAUGUCAACAAAGUCCUCAGCAAGGUUACCAUGAUUGCCACUAUUCUCGUCCCCAUGAACCUGAUCUGCGGUCUAUUUGGCAUGAAUGUUAAUGUUCCAGGCAAAAACAGUGAUGGCCUCGGGUGGUUCUUUGGCAUUAUAGACCCUGUCUUGAAACAGGACGCAUCCCCUCCUCAUGCAAGUGGAAAGGACAGUCGAAUCUUUCCGGCAUCUUCAGUCGACGUAACGCGCUCCCUUGCUUCAGCAUCCCUCGAGCGCAACUCUCAGCUGCAUUUUGCCCAUGACAGCCGCAUUCGACGUCUCGGGUUUAUUCUCUCCAUCGGGUUGUCUUUCGAUUCACCAUAUAUGCUCUCCUUUAGUUUUCUGAUGCGAUCGCUCCGAGUCCCAACCCUGCAGAUUCGCUUUGCUGCGCUUCUUCACGUUACGCUGUCCCUCUUCGUCCUUAUUUGCGUACUAAACCCGAAUCUCGCCCAUGGCGCAGAAUUACCUCAGAAACCUCCCGAGAAUGGCAGCAUAGAACUCUUUGCGGUACCAUCUACGUUCCACCACGGAAAGGUCCUUGGGCGCGGGUCUGAGGGGGAAAGCCAGGAUGAUGCGGCCAGCGAGGUUCAUGUUAGAGACCUACUACGUCGAGUGCCUUCCGGUGUGACCUCUAUCGGCAAUAACCAGUUCCAACAAAACACAGUCGAUUUAGGGGUAACCCAAUGGUAUUACUUCCCCAAGGAUGAAGUGAACGGCAAUAAGUCCGACGCUGGGACUGGACUACCGGCAUACAUCUCGGCGGAUCGUGUGGUGGACUAUGAAUUUUCAAGAAGGGAACUGAAGAAGCGCAAUGGCGAGCUCUCAAAGCGUUCGGCUACCGUUUAUAUAUCUUUAACUGCCUGUUCGAAACCGAGUCUCAAUACAUCGUCCACAGACAGUUCCCCUGCGCUGCCGGCCCUAGAAAUUUACGUUUCUACAUCCGAAGAGCUCCAAAAACCCGGCCCUGGGAAAGACAGCAGUCUGCAGAGCUCUUAUACAAUGGUGGAGGGUUAUGUCAAUGCAACUGUGGAGGCUGAUGGGAAUGUGUACAUCGGAGUGACGGUUUCAAACUCAACGGCCUAUUCCGGGGGUUACAAUUACGAGAUCGCGGCCUCGAUUGAUGCCCUCUUCCACCGGGUCGAGACAGAGGACUCAUUUCUCUACUUUGUUGACUCGGACACGGAUGCCGCUCUUCUUGUGACGAAUAACUUGACGCAGUCUUUGCCAAACUCGACGAAUUACCAACAAUGGAUGAAUAUCACGCCCCCGUUUACCAUGUUCGCCAAUAAUAUGAACAACUCCGCCAUCAAUGGCCUUAGACAUUCCUACUGUGCCCUCGAUGAACUGGCCCAAAUCCGCCCCGGCAGUGACACGAUCCAGUCGUCUAUGACCAGCCGUGGACUCGGAAACAAGCCCAAAGAACAGUUCUACGUUAUUGGCCUUAACCGUAGUUCGUCAUAUUAUGGUAUUCUGGCCAUGGAUGGCAACUCGACAGACUCGGGAAAUGGGAUUGUUGGCGGCGGUGGGAAAGUUUGGAAGGCGAUGAAUUUCACCACGAAGACCGACAACAAUUGUGCCGUAAUUUGGGAUUUGUCGUUCUGCAACGAGGUUGCAUAUGCCGUACCGUCCAACCCCGACUUGAGCGUCGGGCAGCUGAGCACAAUCUACGACGACUUCGCCUCUGCGCAUUACAAAAACUUCAACUAUUCUCUGGACCAGAUCCAGUGCAACACUAGCGCAGAAUCAAUGUUUUCACUCGCUGUCACCUGCGAUGACUGCGCGGCGGCAUACAAGGAGUGGCUGUGCGCGGUCAGCAUCCCACGCUGCUACGACUUCUCCAGCAACCUCACGUACCUCCAGGUCCGCAACGCGGGCCAGCCUUUUCUCAACGGCAGCUCCAUCCCCGCGGACAGCCCGCUACGCCUGAACCCGGCGACCAACGGCUCGCGCAACCCGCUGAUCGACACCGAGAUCCGCCCGGGGCCUUACAAGGAGAUUCUCCCCUGCAAGGACAUCUGCUAUGACCUCGUGCGCAAGUGUCCCUCCGCGCUAGGAUUCGGCUGCCCCACAGGCAAAUGGCUCAAUUCCUCGUACGGCUGGCGCGACCCGGACGGCGAUAUCACUUGUAGCUACCUCGGCGCAGCAUACUACCUUAGCGCGGGCUGGCGACUGCUCGCUCUCCACGGGCAACACUUAUGGCUCGGCGUGUUUUCCGCAUUAGUGGCAUACGCUUUUUCAUUGGUUGCUUUCGCAUGA